AUUUACACCACCAUAUGUGUGAUUCUUGUAGAAAAAACGUAGACACAGUGGCACUUACUUACGGCAGCUAAACUUCUGCCGCUGGACGAUUAGCCUGCGUUUGGCUACAACCCUGAAGACCACCCUCGCGCAUCACCUUGCUAGCGCAGUUGUCAAUGGAGACAGAGGCAGCCGCAUCCGCUGAUGCGCUCCAGUAAGGAUUCGGACCCGGAGGUUAUCACUCUCCAUUACCAUGGUGACGUGGAGAUGUUCCAUGGAUGUUUUAUGGGCUAACUUUUCAACACAUCUCAUUAAACAACAUCGGGAAUAGGAAUAUCCGCCUUGCCCUCAGCUGUUGUCCAAGCGCGCGGUUGAGAGGAGAGUACCAUGCACCUGCUGCCGUAACUCGAUGGUCUUUGAAUUGGACUGUUUCAGUGACUGCUACGGGUAAAGUAGUCAAGGAUAUUUCGCAGCCUACGAAAGUUCGUCCUUCAACCACGGAAAUUCUGCAGACUUGAUGUAAAAGCUUCCUAGCUUCCUUUUCGGGACACCUCAUCUGUCUGCAGUUUCUAUUACACACACACACACACACACACAUAUACACACACAACUUGCUCCACCAUGGAGAGCGUCAGUGAGCUCCAGAAUCCACUGUUGGACAAAACCUCUCACCGGGUGCCUAGCAACUACAGCGGUUCCCACAGUGACCCCUAUAGUUGCCAGUACCAGGACAACAUCAUUAGAUACUUUGUGUCCGGCAGCGACCCCAACACCAAGGCCGAGCAGUUCCUGGAUGCCGCUUCGCUGCACGUCGCCAUGGAGCUGUUGUGUGCGCCACACUUUGUGCUGUGUCAGGAUGGAGGCGGCAGCAGUGACCACAGCCGGGGCGCUGAGAGCGACCUGAGUCUGGACCUGGGCAUGGAGACCCGUCUCAGAGACGAUCAGGACGACUCCGCGGCCGAUGAGUCCAGCCCGGACGAGCUCCAGGACCAGGUGCUGGACCCGAGACCUCACAUCGUCACUGUCUCCUGUGAGGUGGAGGAGGACAGGUUCCCCCAGUAUGAGACGGACAGUGACAGCUCCAGCUGUAGUGAUGACAGUUUCCUGCUGCCCCCCCGAGACCACCUAGGUCUCGCCAUCUUCUCCAUGCUAUGCUGCUUCUGGCCCAUGGGCAUCGCCGCCUUCUACUUCUCUCAGAGGACCAGCGUGGCCGUGUCCAAGGGCGAGUUCUCCAUGGCGAACGCUUCCUCCAGACGGGUGCUCUUCCUGGCAGCCCUCUCCAUCACCGUGGGAACGGGGCUGUAUGUGGGCGUGCUGGUUGCCUUGGUGGCUUACCUGUCCAACCCAGGGCCAGUGUAGCAUCAGGGCUAGACCAGGAAGAGGAAGUAAACAAAGUGAACCUCGACCCCUGGACAUUCAAGGAAGUGAACUCAUCCAUGUGGAUGAAGUCACAGACAAAGGCUGAAUCCCAAUCUUUCCCAUCAUGGACUCACAGACUUUGACGCGUGUUCCUGCGAACUUCGUGAGGGCUUAAGACGGUCCUACUGCGAAAUUGUGAAGGGCACGAGGGCUCGCUCACACAUUUUCUGUCCCCUUUCCGUAAGUCGGCAUCUAUGCAGAAUCUACUCAAGAGAAUUACCAACAAUUCAUAGCGUUGUGACGUGAAACACCGGCUUACCCAAAGCUUGAAAAAAAGUCUGCAAACAACCGCCAUAAAACGAAAACCUGUGUGCAACUCGUUUUUUGUGUUGUCAGUUUAAUGGUAGGUCACAGGUGCUGUCCCAUUCAUGUUAUUAGCGUUCUGAACCCUUACAACCUCGCAAACUCCAUCACUUAUCAACGCAUGUCAGUUAAGUGUGUGAGGGUUCAGGGCUUAGACCCUUAGGGAUGAGAUCGGGAUUCAGCCAUAGACAUAAACACUGACCACUGGUCAUACGAGGAAGCAAACUCAUUUGUGUGGACACACCUACAGACGAGGACGUAAACACCAAAACCUGGAGGUCUCCCUCUCUAGUGACGUCUUACAAAAGAGACGGUGGUAGGCAGGGAUGUAGUGGUAAAAUAAGAGGUGGGUAAACUAUGAUUUCUGUAAUCACGGUGAGGUGGACUGCACCAUGCGGUAUUGGAUUUUUAAAAAAGGAAUUCAGAACAUGUUUGAUGAUGGUGGAGGUUAUUGUCCAAUGUUUAUAACAAUAUCAGUGGUAUUAUAUGGUUCUUAGAGUGUACAUGUUGUAAAUGUGGAUAAUACAGUGUGAUUUUUUAAUGUUAAAAGUUGCAAUUGGUGAAUUAACUCUUUUGACAGGUGGAUAAACUCUAAUAAGAGAUGGAUAAACUCUUAUUUCUGAAAUUCUGAUAUUUCAGAGUUGGAUCAACUGCAUUUACUUGCGUUUAGCCUCCACUACAUCCCUGGCGGUAGAGUGUGAACUGUAUGUUUGAAGCUCUUAUAUGAAAUGCUAGUGAACAAUCAGAAGGUGAGAGGCUCAUGGUGUCUGUGGUCUUACAGUCAGAGGUCAGUGAAAGGACUAACAAUGUUCCAGCAUUCACUUAGAACAACAGACUGGAGAGCUCAGGACAAACAAGCUAUUUUAAUUAUUUGUUAUUGACACCAACAGUACUACAGUAGUUCAACUAACAUUUUUUCCCCGCAACAACAUGUAACCUACAUGACCCCAAAAACCAAGUUGUGUGAAAUGAGAAAAUCAAAAUCAAUACCAGAUAAACGACCACCAUGCGUUUCUUGUA